CCAAUUAGUGCUGCAUGAAAAAUAACCAAAAUUCUUCCAUCUGCUGUAGUUCUUGAGAAAAUCACUUUUGGUCUGACUCCUCUUGUAUUGGACCUGUGGCUGUGUGCCUAAGCAUAUUCAAUUUUGCUGAUGACAACACUUUUGUGGGCCGAAAAUUCAGCCAAGUGGUGUCAUAAUCACACCUCUUGGUGAAGGGUCUUGGCCCGAAAGGUCAACUGUUUAUUCAUUUCCAUCGACGCUGCCCGACCUGCUGAGUUCCUCCAGCUUUUUUGUGUACAUUGCCUUGGGUAUCCAGAAUCUGCAGGUUUUCUCUUGUUCGUUAGCCAGUCCUCAUCAGAGAAUGAGAUGUGGAGAGGUUUAGCAGCUUUAAAUUCCUGGGUGUUACUAUUACUGUGUGUGCAGUUGCGAAAUCACGGCAGUGCGUCUACCAUAGAGGUUGUGGGGAUACGGCAUGACACCUGAAACUUCGACUAACUUCUAUCGCUGUGUAGUGGAGAAUAUAUUGACUGGCUGCAUCAUGGCAUGGUUAAAAAAGAACGAAGAAUUUGUGAACAGGAAUCCCGAACACGUCAGUUUUACUGUCUCUGUCCGGAUAUUUAAGGAGUGACCAGAUAAUUUUCUUUGUGACACUGGUGUAUCAGUUGUUGAUCCUUGGAGAUGAAGCAGUAUCCCAUCCCAGCUGGAAACGUGCUUUGACUCUGAGAUGAAGUUUUCUGUUGUAACUCACUAAAAUCCAAUGGAACCAGGUGCUGAGUACACACCAGCAUUUGUUCACUGGAGAUCAGUUCUUCAACUGCAUUGAUUCUACAAGGGAUUCAAAUGUCUGACACCUGUCUGAUGAAUUGACAGAUUCUCCUUCUCUCGUAUAAGGGAAGGGGUAUUUUUCUCUCAGCCGACCCUCAGCCACGCCGGUGAGUUCGCAGUGGGGAGAGGCCAUUCACCUGCUCUGUAUGUGGGAGAGGAACUGAAGAAAUGUAAGAAAUUUCACAGCAGUGAGAGUCCAUUUGCUUGCUCCGUGUGUGGGAAGAGAUUCACUCACUCAGUCCACCCGCGGCCACGCUGAUGAAUUCACCAUCGGGAGAGAGACUGUUCAGCUGUUCUGUGUGUGUGUACGAAGCAGCUCACGCGGUAGACUGACUUACUGACACACGAGAGCGUGCACCCUGGGGAGAGGCCGUUCACCUGCUCGGACUGUGGGAAGGGACUCACUCGGUCAUCCGGCCUGCAGGCACGGCAGUGAGUUCAGAUGGGGGGGAGGCCAUUCACCUGUUCCGUCUGUGGGAAGGGAUUCACCCACUCAUCCAGUCUGUGGAAGCACCAGUCUGUCCACACCGGGGAGAGGCCGUUCACCUGCUCAGACUGUGGGAAGGGAUUCAGUCAGUCGUCCAACCUGCUGGCUCACCAGCGAAUUCACACAGGGGAGAGGCCGUUCGCCUGUUCAGUGUGUGGGAAGGGGUUCACUCGGUCAUCCAAUCUGCGGGCACACCGGCGAAUCCACACGGGGGAGAGACCAUUCACCUGCUCAGACUGUGGGAGGGCGUUCAGUCAGUCACCUCAACUGAGGGUGCACCAGUCAGUUCACACCGGGGAGAGGCCGUUCACCUGCUCAGACUGUGGGAAGGGAUUCACUCGGUCGUCCGACCUGCUGGUGCACCAGCGAGUCCACAGCGGGGAGAGGCCAUUCGCCUGCGCAGACUGUGGGAAGGGAUUCAAUCGGCCGUCCGACCUGCUGGCGCACCGGUCAGUUCACACGGGGCAGAGGCCGUUCGUGUGUUCAGACUGUGGGAAGGGAUUCGCACGAGCGUCCAGCCUGCAGAAGCAUCAGUCAGUCCACACGGGGGAGAGGCCCUUCGCUUGCUCAGACUGUGGGAAGGGUUUCACUCGAUCCUCUGACCUACUGGCGCACCAGUCAGUCCACAUGGGGCAGAGGCCGUUCACCUGUUCAGCGUGCGGGAUGGGAUUCACCCACCCAUCCAACCUACGGAAACACCAGUCAGUCCACUCCGGGGAGAGGCCGUUCACCUGCUCAGACUGUGGGAAGGGAUUCACCCGGUCACCCUACCUACUGGCACACCAGCGAAUCCACACAGGGGAGAGGCCAUUCACCUGCCCAGACUGUGGGAAGGGAUUCAUUCAUUCAUUUCAGCUGAAGGUACACCAGGCGGUUCACGCCGGCGAGAGGCCGUUCUCCUGCUCGGACUGCGGGAAGGGAUUCACCCGGUCAUCUGACCUGCUGGUCCACCAGCGAAUCCACACCGGGGAGAGGCCGUUCACCUGCUCAGACUGUGGGAAGGGAUUCACUCGCUCAUAUAAACUGGUGGCACACCAGUCAGUUCACACUGGGGAGUGGCCGCUCACCUGCUCGGACUGCGGGAAGGGAUUCACCCAGUCAUUUCAGCUGAAGGCACACCAGCGAGUUCACACCGGGGAGAGGCCCUUCACCUGCUCUGAAUGCGGGAAGGGAUUCACCCGUUCAUCCCACCUUGUAAGGCACUACCAAGUUCACACCGGCAAAAGAGUUUAGAUGAUUUUCAGGCUGGAUAUUUAGCCUUCACAGUGGCAGAAUCAAGAGUUAAACUGGUGUGUGGAACUCUGCAAUUACUGUUGCUGUUCAUCAAACCCAGUUCUGUCCCCUGGUCACUGGGCAUGGGAGGAGUUUCUUCUGCUGAUGUUCACCUUCAAUCAGACUGGAGUUUAGUAUUCUGGAUCUGU